UUUUCCGUGUUGUACCUGAAGUUUUUUGAGUUGUACUACUUCGCACAAUUUUUUUCAUUUUUAUCCUGUUGUCGCUGGUCUGCAAGAUAGCAGGGGUUUCCCUUGAUUGCAAGGAUGGGAUGUAGAGAUGGGGACGCGUGCAAACUGGCGAACCAACUUCCGUCAACCAACCUCUUUGCCCUUUAGGUAUGAUCAUUUCAUUCGCCGACAUCGAUGGUGUCGCCUGUGGCUCGAGGGAUAUUGCCUACCGUUUGCGCCGGUUCUCUGAUACUUGAGGGAGUGUUGUCAAUAUCCGAACUCGACCGCCAGCAGUGCGAGUGAGCGAGCUUUUGACAGCAUUGCCUCCGCCAGGGUAAAGCGCCAUGAAUCGUAUACGAAUUACAAUCCUUGGUCGGCGUGUCCCUGUUUCUGAUCCGCUUACAGAGCACAUUUCCUAUUUCAUCCAGGUCCUCCUCAUCUUAUUUACAUUACUCCAGUGACGGCUCGCACCAAAUUGUACCUCGACUGCGGGGAAAACAAGCAGGUCCACACUCCUUCGGCCGAUAGGCAAGUUUUUCGGUCGAUCAGUCGCCUUAUUUGGUGGGAAGCAGACCCUCCCCUCCCUCGUCCGUCCGCUGACGUCGUAUCGUGGAUUCCUUAAGCGCCCGCGUGCGACUGGUCACGUAGAGCCUCGAUGGGACCUUGCCUCGACGGGAUCUGGCUCGGCCAGGGGGCGGCCCCCCGCGUUCGUGCCAUGCCUCCCCGGCGGGUUAACAGAGUACCGGCGGGGAACCUGGGCGAGGGGCAAUGACCAGGGCCAGGUGCCGCGACGAUGUGUCAAUGGUGCGCGUACAGUCGUCCCGGUCGUGAUGACGGCACCCUGGGUCUCAUUGAGCAGCGUGAUCCCCGGGGAAGACGGGGCCGUGCGGAGAUUCGCGCGGAGGCCAAGCCUUGAGGUGGUACUGGCGCAUAUGAGAGUUGAAUACGAGCCAGAGCUACUGGGUGAGGGAUUGGGAACUAUAAGAUGAGAAUGGAAUACCUCAAAAGUUGUGAACGAGCGACUGUUGCUGGUUGAGAGGUUGCGCCUUUGAUUCGACCCCUGGACAAAACGAAUUCCUCACCCUCGCCAUGGCCUCCUCCUCCGUCGCCUUCGCUCUCCUGACGGCCCUCGCCGGCCGGGCCUCGGCCAGGACGCACAAGACGCCGACGCCCCAGAUGGGGUGGAACAGCUACAACUACUACAACUGCUACCCGAACGAGACCAUCAUCAAGCAGAACGCGCACGCGCUGGUCGACACGGGGCUCGCCGAGGCCGGGUACACCACGGUCACGACGGACUGCGGGUGGCCGGCCAAGGACCGCGCCGCCGACGGCCAGCUCGUGUGGAACCCGGAGCUGUUCCCGUCCGGGGGCGGCAAAGAGCUCGGCGACUACAUCCACAACCUCGGCCUCAAGUACGGCGUCUACUCCGGCGGCGGCUACUUCCAGUGCGGCUCGACGGACCAGCCCGCCUCCCUGAACCAUGAGCUCACCGACGCCAAGUCCUUCGCCGACUGGGGCGCAGACUCGCUCAAAUACGACAACUGCUAUGCCGUGAAGCCCGAUGUCAUGGUGGACUUUGUCCAUCCAGAUGCCGUCUCCCCGGACCGCUUCGAGACAAUGGCCGAUGCGCUGAACACGACGGACCGCGACAUUCUCUACCAAGUCUGCCAAUGGGGCACAGGAACCGACCUGGGUAUCUGGGCACCAAAGAUUGGAGGCAACAGCUGGAGAAUCAGCAACGACAUCUACAAUGGUUGGCGCAGCAUUUGGCGCAUCGCCAACCAGGUCGUGCCCUUCUACAAGCACACCGGCCCGGGCGCGUUUCCCGACAUGGACAUGUUGCUCAUCGGCCUCAACGCCCUAUCGAUCGAGGAGGAAAAGUUCCACAUGGGCAUGUGGGCCAUCAACAAGUCCCCGCUGACCCUCGGCGCCCCGGCCAUCCCCGGUCUCGUCCCGGACACGGCCCACGCCAUCCUCACCAACCGCGAGGUCAUCGCCCUCAACCAGGACCCCCUCGCCCGGCAGACGGAGCUCGUCCGCCGCUACACCGAGGAGGAGUGGGACGUCUGGGCCGGCGAGCUCUCCGGGUCCCGCCUCGUCGUCGGCCUCGCCAACUGGCGCAACGACUCGCAGAGCGUCAGCGUCGACCUCGCCGCCGUCCUGGGCGUCGCCUCCGCCGCCGCCGCCCGCGACGUGUGGGCCGCGGCCGACCUCGGCCCCGUCUCGGGCACGUACGAGACCACCCUCGCGGGCCACGAGCUGAAGCUGCUCGUGCUCUCGGACAUCGUCGCCGAGCCGAAGCCCGUCCACGCGUCGGCCGGGUACUACACGGCCGCCACCGACGCCGCGCUGUCCGGCUCAGCAGUCAAGGUCGCUUGCGCCGACGGCCAGUGCCUCCCGAGCAAGGCCAAAGUGGGCAACAUCGGAUCCGGAGCCGCGGUCAAGUUCGAGCGUGUCGCCGUUACAUCGGAGGGCGCGAAGCUGCUGGGGGUCGACUUCAUCAACUACGACGUCGCCCUGGACUCGGCGUGGGGGUUCGGCUCCAACACGCGCAACCUGACCAUCUCCGUCAACGGCGGCGCCGCCAAGCGCUGGGCGUUCCCCAUCUCGGGCGGCAACUGGUUCGAGACGGGACGCCUGCUCGUCGAGGUCGACGGCUUCAGGGGCAACGCGUCCAACACGGUGGAGUUCAAGUCGUUCGGGAGCGACUGGGCGCCGGACCUGGUUGGCUUCGAGGUCUUUGAGCGAAGGUAGAGGCAAAAAGUGGUUGUCCCGAACGGAUUGUGAUCUGUAUUUCAAAUCUUGGAAAGAGAGAAGAAUAAAUCUUGGAAACUCUGACAUGCCCCCCCCCCCCCCCCCCCUGCCGUGAUAUGGGGGAGGUCUUUGGAUGAACAACCUGAACUCCCUUCUCUGCCUCAAUGAGGUGAUCUAUCAUACACAAGAGCAUAUAGGCGCCAAGACUCAAGCACAGGGGUAUCCGUUAUGAAAAGCGCCUCCAUCUCCGUACACCAAAUCUAAGCCUGCUGUUUUUAUAUAUGUUUCUUUUUACUUUUCACGCAUAUUUCUC